AUGCAGAUCCUGGUGUUCGCACAAUUUGACCAAUGGCAUGACACAACACGGCGGCUGAAGAUUGCCAUCGAGUCUUAUGCCGAGGACCAGUACGACAUCGCGCUGCAAGCGCAACAGAAGGCUGACAUGGACACCUUCCUCGUGGAGGUUCGUGAUGAGCAGAUUCGCUUAGAAGUCCUCAACAAGCCGGAUGCAGUCAUCAUGUGCACGGAGAUCGAGGGCCAGCCGGCCAGGGUGAAGUGCGAGCAGUGCAAGGAUUUCUUCUCGCUGGAAGGCUUCGCUGCGACCCAUGCGACGGGAAAGCGCAAGAAUCACACCACUGUCAAGUGUGAGCAGACGACUUGCUCUGUCUACCCGGACCAGCUGGCGACCUGCGAAGUGGACAACACCCUCUUCUGCGACAAGGCAUACGAGGAGGUGGCCCAGCGACAGCCGCACAUCCGGCAGAAGCGAAAAAAGGUGCUGGGCGGCCUAUCAUGCUCGGAGUAUCCUGCCACUGUCGCGGAGGUUCUCUGUGAAGACUGCUCGGAUUUAUACUGCUGGGAGGCUUUCAUCGAACUGCACAGACGAGGCAACCGCCUCCGACACGUGCCCCUGCGUCUCGAUGCCGAGGGCCAGCUGUACCGUGCUGGUGAGCUUCUCCCCCCAGAGGAGUGCGCCCGCCUCAUCGACCGCGCCCGCCUGGCGCGCGAGGGUGGGCCGUGGCUGGCGUUCCAGGAUGACCAGCUCAACACCUACUGGUAUCACCUCAGCGACAAGGUCACGACGCAACAGAAUCCGUACCUCUGA